GCCGAGCAAGCAAGCACAAUGCACUCGCCGUCGCCGUCGCGCGUGCCCCUCCCGCCGUCGGGGCCCGCCUCGCGCCGGUCAAGCGUCACCUCGCCGCGGGGGUUAUCGCCGCUCGUCUCGGCGAAGGUAGUGCGCGCGCGCGGCCCGUCGACGACCUUUUCCGCGGCCGGCGGCUCGAUCCUCGGGCUCGGCGCCAGCGUGGCGUCGCUCGCCCCGCCCGAGGUCGAGCGCCGCUCCUCCUCCCCGGCCGACCCGUUCCAGGAGGGCGCGACAAUCACCGUCAACCAGCCCGUUGGCAGCCUGUCCAUCUCGCCGUCGAGCCGAGACGUCUGCCUCGCGAGUAGAAAGGGCCUGUACAUCCUCGACUUGAACAAUGUCGACUCGGCGCCCCGGUUCGUGCCGCAGGGCGGAACGUGGCAGAUCGCCGACUGCCAGUGGUCGCCGCACGCCGUUACAGACAACCUGAUCCUGUCAACCUCGUCCCAGAAGCUGUUGAUCUGGGAUCUCGCGGCGCAGACCGCGCUCAUGCGCUCCAUUGACGCCCACUCGCGCGCCAUCACAGACAUCAACUGGCAUGCCCUCAACCCCAACCUCAUGGCUACGGUGGCCAUGGACGCUGGCAUUCGCGGCUGGGACCUGCGUAUGGACGGCAACACACCAUUCAUGCGCCUAUCGGCGUGGGGCGCGGCAGGCACCCAGGUCAAGUGGAACCGCCAGCACGAGCACAUCCUCGCCACGGCGCACGGCAAGGACGUGAUUGUCUGGGACGACCGCAAGGGGUCCGUCCCGGUCGUUGUGAUUAAAGCGCAUGAUGCCAAGAUCUACGGAAUCGACUGGGACAGAAGAGAACGUCACAAGAUUGUGACCUGCUCGCUCGACCGCACAAUCAAGUACUGGAACGUGCCCGAGCUGUCGCCGGGCAACGAACAGCUCAGCGACAAUGACUUUGUGCCGCUCCCAUCGCCGAUCGGAUCAAUGUACGAGCCCCGGCAGACGAUCCAGACAAACUAUCCUGUCUGGCGAGCGCGACACCUGCCGUUCGGAUACGGCGUGCUCGCUCUCCCUCAGCGUGGAGAGACGGCGCUCGAAAUGUUCGGCUACGACUGCCCAGAGACACCGGGCGUGUCCAACGCCCCAGUGGAAAGGUUUGAAGGCCACGCCGACGUGGUCAAGGAGUUUGUGUGGCGCAAGCGUGGCGGCGACGACCUCGAACACGAGGACCGCGAGUUCCAGCUCGUCACCUGGUCAAAGGACCGCACGCUGCGUAUCUGGCCCGUGUCGCGCGAGGUGUCGGCCAAGGUUGGAUACCAGGCCGGCGCGCCCAUCACGGUCCUGAGUACGCGUCGAGGUGCCAGGGAUGUGACUUACACCCGCAUCCCAGGCCGUGAAGGUGCAGUUGCUGGGUCCUACCUGCCCGCGCCAAAGGUGAUCGACCCCCACAACCCACACCUCUGCCUCCCGACCAUGUUCCCACCCACUGCGCCACCGAGCGGUAUCGCGCGCCAGCGCAUGCUCGCUGCGCCCAAGGAGACGGGUAUGACCCGAGGUGGAGGCACGCAGAAGGCGGCCGUGGAUCAGAUCGAGUGGCUAACAAAGGUCGUCAAGAUGGGCAAGGGUGGCACUGGGGUGACGCCAGAGUCGAGUGUCGCACCCAGCCGUGCGACCAGCGUCAUGCCCGGCGACAAUGGAAGAAGAGGGGCUCUGGGGCCCGCCGCGUCGAUUACCAGCAACUCUGUCCAGACGUCACCGGAGAUUGAGAACCGCAGCCAUGAAAGCGACAGGUCGAGCUCGCGCCCGCGUACCCCAGCAGAGAAUGGCUCGCUCCGUGCCCUCAGCUUGACGCGUACACCAUCGCAGAAGCGUAGGAGGAGCUUGGACUUUUCUACCACUGGUCCAGAGUUUAUCCCACUCAAGGAUGAGCUCGUCCUCGUGCACAAGAUGUUUCCAAAGUCCAAAGUCAACUUUGAGAAGAUUGACAUUGCGCACCGCAAACUUACAAUGUCGCUCAAUGGCCCAUGGGCGAACGGCGACCGCUUCGCGUUCAUCCGUAUCCACUGGACGUUCCCACCAAAGUACCCCCACGGUCCCGAGAUCCCGACGUUCGAGCUCGAACGCAACGCGACGGUCUCACCUAUAACUCGCCACCGCAUCGUUUCGACCAUCAAGGAGAUCCGGGCGGCCAACAAGCAGUGUCUCGUGUCUGUCACCGAGUUCCUCCUCGGCUACCAUGAGCGCAUGGGCCGGCGGGUCGUCGACGAAGAGAGUGGCAGUGAGAGCGAUCGUGUGAUCCAGAACGUGCCCAUGUUGGUCCGGUCAACGGGUGCGACAUUCGGACCCAACGGCCAGCUCGUGUGCUUCUUCCCGAAGCAGACUGUCCUGCCGCGUGCGAGGACGUCGUUGUCUCGGUCACCGUCUGGCGGACGGGAUCCGUUCAACUCGCCCCUUGCGCGCGCCAUCACCGCGUUGUCGCGACUGGAGAAUCCCCACAAGCCCGCGAUGAUGCGGUACAAGAGACACAUCCGCAAGCUCAAGGCUGGCGUCGCACCCGUUCAGGCGCGGAGCACGCUCACGAUCCACAACGUGUCACAUCUCGUUGGCGGGCCAGAUGCCAACCUCGCGGCUGUGUACACCACCACCUCUAUCGACGCCAACCUGGUCCAUGCGCUCGACAUGAAGCGUCUCGACCAUGCCGAGGUUUGGGCGGCAGUGCGGAGUCUCCUGACCGACCCGCCCCCGCCGUACUCCCGCCAUCCGCCGUUUCACCGCGAUAGCAGUGCUAAGCGGGAACGCAUGGACUGGGAGGUUGGUAUGGAGCGGAAGCGGCGGGUGCUUGACAAGAUCUUUGACAGGCUUAUGGAGGCCCACGACAUCCAGCUCCUCGCACUCAUUGCUUGCAUUCUGAAAGAGUAUGAGCGAACGUCCAAUCCACCACCGCCGGCAGAGACGAUUGUCCACCACUCGCCCGAGGUCGACUACUUUGAUCUUCCAACUACAACGACAACCAUGGUACCUACAGCGGUUACCGUUGGAAGGAGGCAUAGCUCCAACACACCGACGACGCCGCCGCAGUCUGGGCCGAGCAGCUUCCGCACGUCGGGCUGGUCGCAGAUCCUCAUGAACCCCUCAUCCAUCAGCCUGCGCGGUAUGGCGUUGACGCCGCGUGACCGCACGUCGUUUGACCUUCCCAACCGCGUGGGGACUCCCCGCACGCCCAUCGCAGGCAGCUUUGAAGAGCAGUCGCAGAUGGGCGUGUCAAUUCCCCCACGAAGUGACACUAUUGGCCCGCUGAUAACUGGCACAUCGCUUGUUGCGGCCUCUCCGCGGAGACUGGACCGCCGUGAGUCACGCGAGUCGCGCGACUAUGGCAGAGCGGGCAGAGACCCGCGCCCACGCCCGCUGUCCAUGACGACGGCGGGGACGAGCGGCUCGACAUGGUCCCCGCCGGGGUACCAAGUCCCGCCUACGCCUGGCCGCCCGCCGCAGCCAUUUGAGCGCGAUACUUCUGGAGCGAGCCUAGGCGACGCGCCGCCCCCGACUGGUCGCUCCCAGAAGGUAUCGUUUGGCUCGGCGAGUCCCCUACGCAGAACAUUCUCCCGUGCAGGCGGUGUGCUUACGUCGACGCCCGAACGGAAGCGCCGGCACCGGACCGUCGGUGUACGCAUCGACCUCAUCGUUGACGAGCACCCGCGCACGUCGCUGCUCCGUGAUGAUAUCCUCCCCCUGGCCGAGGCCUGGAAGCUCAUCUACGCCGACUACCUCCUCCGCAUCGGCCAUGUGGGGAAGCGUGCCGCUCUCCUCCAGUACGACUUUGCGCCUGUUAACGGGCCGGCGCUGGCUGCUGCGGGUGGCGACCUCAACACAAAGGACCUAGCCUUUGCAACCAUGUGCCAGUACUGCCACGAGCGUGUUGUGACGCCGGGACGCACAUCAUGCCCGAACUGCUCUCGCGCCCGCGAGCCGCCACAUUGCUCGGUCUGCCGCCUUCCAAUCAAGGGCCUCGCCACGACGUGUACAGUCUGCUCGCACACAUCGCACACGCGCUGCCUGCGGCCCAUGUUACAGUCCAGCCAGGACCACUGCCCCGCGUGCCUGUGCCACUGUCUGGCAGAACGAGGCGUCUCAGGCAGCUUCUACACGGCUCUCCCACCGCCGCCUAGCGCAGCAGUGCAGUACGGCUUUGAUCCGGACGACCUCGGCAUGAGCGGGCAGAUGUCGCCCACCUCGCUGAUCUUUGACGGCCCACACGCGGCCAUGCUCGACACGCCGCCAAACGAGCUGAUACACCCCGAGCCUAUCCGCCGCACCGGCGCCAUCACCGCACUCGAGCUGACUACGGGCUUGGGCGCAGGUCCCAGCGGCAGCGGGACGGCGUCGGCGCCACCCGCAGACGACAAGGACAAGCCGCUGCCUCCACCCCCGCCUCGCGAGGGUCUCCUCGCAAGAUCGAGACUCCGCGCGUUGGGAGCCGAGGGUAUUCUUGGGUGGUGAUGUAGUGAUGUAGUGC